GCAUCUCCGACGACAAUUUAAUCCAAAAGUUCGAAACUCCCAAAAUCAGACUGCUCAGAAGCUAAUGCCACAGUGAAUACUUAUAAUAUUAUGCUCAAUAUUACCAAGUCUUGAAGUCCACACUGUCUGCCAUUGCUUCCUGUGUCACUAUGUCGCAAAACUCUCAUGGGGAACGACGAGGUACGGUCCGGGGUGUCGUUAACUGCAUGAAAGGAACGUUAGCCAACGGGGAUCUGUGUGAUGUGCAGUUCACAGUGGGGCUCGAUUAUGGUCAAGCCCAAUCUUUCCGCUCACACAGGUAUGUCUUGAGUAUGCGGAGCGAUGUAUUCCAUGCCAUGUUCAACGGUAGUUUGGCUGAACGUUGUAAGAAGGCCAUCAAUAUCCCCGACGUUCAUCCCGAAGCUUUUGCUAAUAUGCUCAGCUACGUGUACACGGAUGAAGUGCAGGAUCUCAACGAGGGAAACGCAUUUCGAACCCUGGCCUGUGCCGAUAAAUACGACUUGCCGCUGCUGGUGGACAUGUGCUCCAGCUUCAUUCACAGUCAUCUCAACACCGACAACUGUCUGGUCCAUUUGGAUGAUGCUAUUCACUAUGGAGUUUCCAGUAUUGUGGCCAAAUGUCUUGAGUUGGUCGACGCUUCGAGUCAAGCCAUUCUGCAGUCGAAACAGUUCGCAUCGUUACAGCGAGAGGCGUUGAUGUUGAUUCUGCAGCGGGAUACGCUGUCGGCUGACGAGAAUACGGUUUACCAGGCUGUGGAAAGAUGGGCGGCGGCUAAUUGUGCGCGCAAUCACGUGGAUCCUACGAUGGUCAACCGGCGCGAAAUCCUGGGCGACGCAUUGUUCCUUGUCCGUUUUCCCUUGUUGAGCGACGCCGAACUAGCUGACGGUCCAGCUGAAAGCGGUUUGCUCCUGCGAAAAGAAUUACUGGACAUCUUUUUGUACAAGCAUGCGGUCAAGAAGCCUGAACUGCCGUAUUCAACUUCGCCACGCAACAGCGCCUUGAUCCGCAUCGAUACAUCCGAAUUUGUGGUCAUCAAAGAUAUGGAAAAGGUGUUUGUGAAACAUGGCGGUGAUAAUUGCUGGUUACCUGGUGAGGUUAGAGGUGUUGCGGGAUCGCGCUGUGUUGUUUCGCUGUGUGGUAAAGAGAACCUCUCGCAACAUAAACCGGAGAACGUCAUCCGUGCUGCGGACAUUCUGAAAACCGGUCAGAAGGUGUAUUAUGUCACCGAAAAGACUCGAGAGCUGGCAGUUUACUGUCUGGAAAAGGAUGAGUCUGCCUUAUACCUGAUUCAGAUCGGUGAUCGGGAUUACAAUGUCAAAUUCGCAGAGUUAGCCAUCCCGGACUCAGAUGUAAUCCGGAAAACGAAGCCUAAGAUCGCCUAUAUUCCUCGCGGCUAGUAUACUUUUAGUGUGUGUAAUUUUAUUGUGUCGUAACUGUCGUUUAGGAUGUUUUAUGCGAUGUGGUUUUUAAAGAUGAAAAUAUUGUGUAACUUUUGAUAUCUGUGCGGGUAGAAACGCGUUACGCGGAGUUUGGGUGGGAUCAAUGGUACUAUUAGAUUGUGUCAUUUGGUGUUCGUGCACCCGCCACGCAGUGCGUAAGCAACCUGCAGCUUCCUCCUG